GCGCAAGGACAGCACACAAAUACUCGUGCUCAGCACAAGACAACACGCGCAGAGCCCCAUUCUCACUAUCCUCUAUAUCCCCGCCUUACCUACAGUUUUCAGACAGGCUUGCUUUGCCCACCGAGAGAGGCGCUAUGGAGAGGCUUAUCCACUCCUCUUCUUCCCCCCUUUCCAAACCCUUUCUAAAACCCGCCCAUUCUCCCCACCGCCUCUCCCGAAACGGCGCCCUUCCAUUCCGGCUUUCCUUUCUUAAGCGUCCUGAUUUCGUCCAACUUGGCUCGGUUUUCUGUGCUCUCGAGAAUUCAUCUUCUUCUUCCUUUCGCCGCCUCAAAUUUCAUGCUCAUUGCUCGAAGAAGGGGCCGUCGUUUUCUUCUUCCCCCGAUCCAGAUGUUUCGUCGACACCCGGAUCUCAUUUUCUCAAGCGCAUAGUGGGAGUUGCUUCGAAUCAACAAAAGGUCAUCACUGCUGGAGCAGUACUACUAGUGUCAGCUCUCUUUGUGCUCUUAGGCCACCCAAUUAUUACUUCUUCAGCAUAUGCUACUGGGUUCUCUGCUGCUUCUGCUGUCAAUGGAAAAAUCGCUCGUACUGAGCUGCUAAGUAGUGCUUGGACUGGCUUCUUUGCUGGUUGCUUACACACACUCUCAGGACCAGACCACCUUGCUGCUUUGGCUCCGCUUUCUAUUGGGCGCACCAGGGUGGAGAGUGCUCUAGUUGGAGCACUUUGGGGCUGUGGCCAUGAUGCUGGGCAAUUGAUUUUUGGUUUGCUGUUUCUACUACUCAAGGAUCGGCUUCAUAUAGAGAUUCUCCGCACAUGGGGCACAAGAGUGGUAGGCUUCACCUUACUUGUUAUUGGUGCCAUGGGAAUAAGGGAGGCAUCAGAGUCUCCUGCACCUUGUGUUGUCCUGGAAAAUGGUGAGUGUGAUGUUAGCAUGUAUGAUUCGCUCGAAGCUCCAGUUGUUGGAAAGAAGAAAAUUGGGUUUGCAACUUUUGCUACCGGCAUUGUUCAUGGAUUACAACCAGAUGCCCUACUGAUCAUCUUACCAGCACUUGCCUUACCUUCACGCAUAGCUGGUGCUGCCUUUCUGGGUAUGUUCUUGAUUGGAACAGUAGUUGCAAUGGGAAGUUACACGGUGUUUAUAGGUUCAUGCAGCCAAGCAUUAAAAGAAAGGGUCCCUAGAGUAACCGAGAAACUGACUUGGGCUUCUUCACUUGUAGCAAUUGCUCUUGGACUUGCCAUCAUUUUCAGCCAGUUUUUUGGGUUCAGCCUUUAUUGACUUAUCUUAUAGUCUUCGGGACAAAGCCCCUUACAAAGUUGCGCAAGGAACUCUCCAUCUCCACAAGAGUCUUCAUCCAUCUUUUCUUUCUUACUUGGAAGUUCAUAUUCCAUACUCAAAGAAUCUCUUUUAGGAUUUUCAUGGAACACGAUGUAGCUUUAUAUAUGAUAGCUCAGAUAGACUUGCAUAUUUCUUGUGACUAUUGUUCCAAACAAAUUAUAGUUCUCUUCUCUCUAAUUUACUUGUGAGUUUGGUACUA